AUGCCUUGCAGCCACCCCGCUUCAACUUCGGCUGGGCAUUCGACGACAACACAAUGCACGCCAUCGCCGAGCGAUGCGGGUUCCCCAGCUUCUCCGACGGGCUCAACCGGCACAGACAAACACGGCAACCCAGGAAAACCACUCAUCGACUGCGAACUCGCUUCGCCGCUCCUUCACGCCGUGCUCACCGAGCGGUUCCCAGACCUCAUGUGGGAGUUUGACCAUGUUGGCCGCGGGAAAGAGGCAAAGUUUGGACCGAUUCGGAUUGAGACUGUGCAUGGUGGGGAGGAGUGGAGAGCGAUUCCGUGUAUUGUUAUGACGGAUAAUAGUAGGAAGAGUGGGAACCGCAGACCCAAGCAGGAGCAUAUCGAUACGCUUCGUGAGUUCUUCGGGAUUGGAAAGGAGGAGGACGGCAAGUUCGAACCGUAUGGAGGACCGGAACCACUGUGGCGGCUGGACGUGCUGUAUCCCACUUGGAAGUACUAUGAUUCGAGGCUUUAUGAGAUCGAGAAUGGGUGGCUGAAGGAACGGUAUUGCACAUGA